AUGGGGGAUCCACAAGAAGAAAAAUGUAAGGGUCAAUAUCUACCAUGGUCUAGCCAAGAAACAAAAAUACUGGUGCGUUUAUUGGUGGAUGCUGUGAAUCAGAAUUGGUGUGAUGCUAGUGGUUCGUUCAAUAAACUUACAGUGGAGCAACGAAUACUACCAGCUCUUAACAAGGAGUGUGGGACUACCAAAACAUAUAGUAACUAUAAAAACAGGAUGAAGAUUUUAAGGGCUAGGCACAAGAGUUUUGUAGAUCUUCUAAGUUAUAGUUCAGGAUUUGGUUGGGAUCCGGAGACGAAAAAGUUUACUGCUAGACAAGAAGUGUGGGAUGAUUAUUUUAAGGGACAUUCAAAAAGUAAACAUUUACGUGACGAUUCAUUUGAAGACUUUGAGGAUUUAGACAAGAUCUUUGGAAAAAAGAUUGCAACUGGAAAGAAUGCAAUUGGGUUAGGUGAUACCACAGAGGCCCGAACUUAUGCACCAAGAGAUAGUGAAUGGGAAACUCAAGAUAACUAUAUUCCUCAAAUGGCGGAUGAGAAUGAGGUUGAUGGAGUAGAAGAUUUACCUGAGCAAGUUGUUUCAUCUUCAUUAGGCAGGAGGAAAUCAAACGAAAAGCUUCCUAUCAGGAAGAAAACUAGGACUGAGGGAUACAAUGUGGACAAGAUUACUGAUGAGAUAAGUUCAGCGACAGGAAUGAGCAGCCAACUAUUUAGCAUGAUACAACAAAGAUGGCAGAAAGAAGCUGAAGAGAAGCAAGCUGAGGAAAAGAAUAAUAAUGUAUGGGAUGCUAUUAAGGAAAUUCCAGGUUUAGAGGAAAAUGAACGUUUCGAUGCGAUGAACUUAAUUCACCAGUGGGGUAUGAAUGCCGGAUUUGUGAGUAUGACUACAGAGGAACGUUUUGGAUGGAUUAAACGUAGUGUGCGCAAGCCUUGA